AUGGGGAUUGUUGUCAGCGAGGAUGGUAAUGUUAGUGGGCCCAGCGAACAGCAGAAGCUCGAUAUCAUAGCUGCGGAAAACGACUAUGGCUUGGUUAUGGCCACUCUGGACCAGGUUUCAAUCUUCCUCGGCUCUUGGUGGACCUCUUCUCUUCUGGGUCGGGUACAGACCUUCAAGAGCUAUACGCGACUGCCCCUGUUGAGCAUAGUGCGUCUUGAGCGCUCUGCCUACGGAAUAUGGGGUUUCUAUUUUGCCGGUAUCCCGGCAUGGGCUGUAUCUACGUGCAUAUCCUUUUGUCGACAUCAACCCUUGGAACGUUUAAUUGCUUUCUUGCAGAAUCUAUUCCCGGAAGAUGACGUGGGCUCGAGGCUUAUACGGGCAUUGUUGAAUGUCGUAUAUUCAGCGGGAAGAGGAACCAUGCUGGUCCUGGCGAUACAGACGUACAUGUAUUCCCUCUUACAAUCCCUUCACAUCGUUCCUGCUCACUCUAUGCCCGGGAUACGCUUCUUUCUGCCCUUUGGAGAGCUAGCUUCAAUGCAGCUACCAAAUCUACCCACAGACCUUUCUGUCGAGUCUCUCAGCGGAUUCCUACUGGGCCUCUUAAAAACCCCGUCGUUACUCGUGUACCUAUCGGUAUGUCUACGCCCAGUAAUCGAGGUAAGGCUUUAUAGAUUUAUUCGGCGAAGACUGCCCAAGCCUAUCUACGCGGACGAACUCUCUGUGAAAGUGGCGUACGACAAUGAUCUUAUCGACUGGAUGAUGCCAGCUCUCGGACGUCGAUCAGAGGAAGAGAACCGUCGCAGUAAUCUCACCUUCACGGAAGACUUGAUGUACGAGCUAGGCUUCUUUCGAUCAUGGGUGCUAUCCUGGUUUGGCCUCAAGUCGUUGCGCACGGCACGAGCGUCGGAGCAAGCAGCAGACGCUCGUCGUAGACGAGAGUGGCUGGAGUCCCUUCCUCAAAGCAUAGAGCAGUUGCAGCACGAGCGGCAAUCCAGAACCCGUCGACCACGAAGACGGUCAUCCGAGUCCCCGUUUAUAAAUGGGCAUACCCAUCAUGACCCAACACGUUCUGAUACUCCAAAUCGACGCUCGAUCGAUCAAACAGCUGAUUUAGGGGCUGGCUUCGGUGGUAACCAAGUCCUUACCAAUGAGGAAAACCGUAUGUCUCAGUCGCCAACUGAAAUGAGUAGUGGCGAACUCGCGGAAAUGGCUCCUUUACGGAGGGCAGGGACCUUACCUCCACCAGACAACAACUCGCCAGCUCUACCAAACGGAGAGUCACGGCGUGGUGAUGCAGGCGAGAAUAACCGGAACUCGCGGUCGAAUACGCUUUUCUCCCGUCCAUCAUCACCUGCGACCUCUUCUCCAGCUUCACCCCGGGUCCGGGCUUCUCUUAUCCAUCAGAAUUCCGAUGUCAUCACAAUGCAGCUGGAACUUUUGGGGAACCGCCGCCCUCAGAACCAAGGACAGGCGACCGCACGACCUCAAAAUGAAGCCUCUCAACACCCAUCCAAUGGCGAGGUGGUAGACGGGCAAACAAUUUCUGAAUUUCUUGAUAGUCUUUUGUCCAACCAGGGCAGGAAUUUGACCACGGUUGUUAAUUCAGAUAAUAUGGAUAGCGAUGGGCUCUCCAAUAUGACCACAAGCGCAUCGCCUAUGCCUAUCAGUGACAACCUUGGCUCGGCCUCUCCGGGUAACAUUCAAAGUCUGGAACCACAACGGCCAUCUGCUGAAGCUCCUACAUCAAAUCCGGUGAAUAUUCUGCCUGAGAGCAUAGAGGAACCCUCACCUGGUGACACACUUCAUCAAUCACCCGAAGCAGAGCGAGCCCAUGAGAAUGACUUUGAUUCCGAGAUUUUCCCCCGAAUUUCCGACCCUAAUAUUCGUCAGAAUAUGGUACCUAGUGGAACCGCCACAGCAAAUCGGGUGACCAUUCUCUCCUCUCACCCUGUCGACUCGUUAGCAUCGCAUCUAGCGUCUAUACUCACAAACGUUAUGUUCAUACCCCUCGAAUCCCUCUACCUGCGGUCCCUUGCUGCGUCGUAUCUGCGGUCUACUCACGCUCCUACCGCUCUCCGAGCUGAUGUUCGAGGGCUAGGAGAUUGGAGUUUGACACCACGAUCAGACAUGUUGUCAUAUCUUGGAAAGCUCGCCCUCAUAACUGGAAUACAAGCUGCCGUGAAUGCCACUGUCUGGGGUGUCAUAUCUGGUGCCGCUAUCAAGAUCGGAAGAAGGUUUUGCGGCUGGGGAACCCUAUGA